CCACGCGGCCGUUCCCCCGCUUCGCUUCUGCCACCGUUCUCGUCUUCCUCUUCCUUCUCGGCCCUCCUUCCGUCCUCUUGGCAUCGGCAGUGCUGCCUCUUCUCCCCUUCUCGUUUCUUUAAUCGAUCGUUUUCCCUGUAAAUGGAUCGCGAAACUUUCCGAGUUUUGCCGCAUUCUCCUCCUCGUCGCUGUUGACGGAUCCGUAGUAUUAUUUGCGUGAUGUAGAUGUGAAGGUUUUGAUGGCGGUCUUGGUGUUGUGUGAUUAGGAUUAGGGACGAAUGGCGGAUAUCCGACACAAGGAAGCCGAUCGGGGGUGCCGGCGCGGCCUGGAGGAGCUGCUGCUGCGCGGAGGACGAGGGGAUGGGUGCGUGGGUGAGGAGGCGGAGGAGGCUAGCGCUGGUGGCGGCGAUGGCGCCGACCAGCUCGCCCGCCGCCGGCGCCGGUCAGACCUAGAGGGGGAUGACCUGGCCGAGACGUCGGCCGCUGCUCGCCGCCAUUCGCGGAUCCUGAGCCGGUGGGCGGCGCGGCAGGCGGAGGAGAUGAUCACCACCAUUGAGAGGAGGAACCGGGAGUCGGAGCUCAUGGCGCUCGCGCGGCUCCACGCCGUUUCCAUGCUCGACGCCUCCUUCCUCCGUGAGUCGCGUCGGGCGCAGUCCUCGGUCGAGCGCCCCGUGGCUGCGCGUGCCUCCUCCGUGCUCCGGAUGUGGCGCGAGCUGGAGGAUGAGUCUAUCGCUGGGGAUCGGAGAAGUCCUGCACCCUCUCCUACCACCGCGUCCAACAACCACCGUAGUGCGCCGGAAACCCAUGACCCUAUGGUGCGGAGGAAUUCUUUGGACGUUGCCAGCGAGAUCAACGCUAGCGAAUUUUCUCAAUGGCCUGAUAGGCCGACGGCUCUAGGAAGGCGAGGUGCGGUCGAGGAUUCUGAGGAUUGGAGAUCAAGCAGGGAGCAGUCUCCUGAUAUUGGAAGUGGUGGUCAUGGGGAGAGGGAGAGGGUGCGAGAGAUUGUUAGCGGGUGGAUGACAGAGAUAGACAUGACAGACACUGCAUCACAAAUAUUGCCAGGGAGUGAUAGCCCAAGGAGUGAGUGGCUUGAUGAGAGAGAGCGUGAGAGGGUGAGGCUGGUCAGGGAGUGGAUGCAAACUGUGAGCCAGCAGAGGGAUGGUUGGGCUAGCAGGAGGGAGGAACGGGAUAGGGAAGGUCUGGUUGCAAAUCAAGAAAAUCGUCAACGACAACAUGUCCAGAGGAACUUGCUGAGGCUCCGUGGAAGGCAGGCUCGCCUUGAUCUGAUCAUGAGAAAUGUCAGGGAGAGGGAAAGGGAGCUUCAGGCUUUGUCAGAGCACCAGCCUGUUUCACAUUUUGCCCACCGCAAUCGCAUACAGGCUGUACUCCGAGGUAGAUUCCUGAGAAAUGGUGGACCAGUCGAGGAUGGGCAGCGGCAUUCAGUUGCAGCUGGAGAAUUAGGUCAACUUAGACAGCAUCAUACGGUAUCUGGCUUCAGGGAAGGAUUUCGUUCCAGAGAGGAUGGUAUUGUCACAGGUCCAGCAAGCAACCAAUCUGAUGGUAUUGUCACAGGUCAAGCAAGCAACCAAUCUGUUGAUGUUGAUAACAUCAAUGUAUCUAGUAACAAUCUCUUUGUCUCAAGCACAAUGGAGGUAUUGGAUGAGACCCAUGAUCAAUUCCGAGCACAUGAUACUAAUGUUGAUGGACAUCAACCAGAAGAGGUGUAUACUACAUUUCAGAUGGAAAGCAGCAUGCAAAUCAGUGAUAUGGUCGGGAGAGGGUCUGCAAUUCAGGAAGAUAAUUGGCUGGCAGAUGAUGUUGAACAUGAGCAAAGGGAUUCACAACAGCCUAUUGAACUGGGGUCUACUGUACAGCAUGAUGGCCCUAUCGAAGAACAUAAUAGUAACUGGCAUGAAAAUGAAGACCAAGAAUGGCUUCAUGAUGCCCCUGAAGAUGAAGAUGGACGAGAUAGCCAUCUUCUGGAAGCACAUGAGCAUUGGCAUGAAGAUAAUUCUCAAGUGACUGAAGCAAACUGGCAAGAUGGACCAUCGGACUCCUUCAAUGAGCAACAUUCUUUUCCUGUUAUAAGGAACACAUUUGUUUCAUCAGAAGAUGGUGAUUAUGUGUAUAAUGUGGAACUUCGUGAACUCUUAAGCAGGAGAAGUGUAUCUAAUCUUCUUCGCAGUGGGUUUCGUGAAAGUCUAGACCAACUUGUACAAUCCUAUAUACAGAGGCAGGGGCGUGAUCCAUUUCAGUGGGACAUGGAAAGAACAAUGCCUAACCAUGUUUUACCAGGGGAAGAUCAGAGCCAGCAAAGAGAUCUAAUUCAUGGCCAACGCGAUUCUGUUACCAGGCCUCUACAUGCUACACCAAUGCCACCAACACCACCUCCACUGCCGCCAUGGCACUCAGACUUACAUCAUAGUUGGAGUCGGCAGAGCAUUCGCCGCCCAGAAGUUGAAUGGGAUAUGAUUAAUGAUCUAAAGGCUGACAUGGCUAGGCUUCAGCAAGUUAUGAGUAAUAUGCAGCGGAUGUUGGAGGCAUGCAUGGAUAUGCAGCUAGAGUUGCAGCGUGCUGUUAGACAAGAGGUCUCAGCAGCUUUGAAUCGUUCUGUUGGAGAACAUGGUGAGGAGUCGUCACAGGAUGGAACAAAAUGGCGUAAUGUGAGAAAAGGGGUUUGUUGUGUCUGCUGUGAUAGUCAUAUCGAUUCUCUUCUUUACAGGUGUGGGCACAUGUGCACUUGUUCGAGAUGCGCGAAUGAGUUGGUUCAAGGUGGAGGCAAGUGCCCUUUGUGCCGCGCACCCAUUGUUGAGGUGAUUCGUGCUUAUUCCGUAGUGUAGAAAUAAUAAUAAACCAGGUUGAAGAUGAAGGUGCCAUCAACUUCUAAGCGGUCAACUCUCAGUUUCAUCAAAGAUGUAAUCCAUGGUUAUCGUGGUCUCUUUGGCUGAGGUAUUCUUAGCAGAAAUUUUUGAGACGUCAGGAAUGUUUGUAAUGGCACUUUCUCCACUGAUUUGCAAUAAAUAAAUUGGAAUGAGAGGAAGAGAUUGGGAGUUUUCUCAUUUUCAUGUUGGA